AUGCCGUCAACACUUUGCGCCAACCCCGGCGGUGAUGCAGCAAGCAUCGCGACAGGCCUUCCAGACUUCACCGGCCCGGGUCCCUGCGCCGUCGCCGCCGACACGGGCAUCCCCGUCACGCUGCCACCUUCUUCUGGCUGCGGCGACGACUGCUUCCUGGAGAUGCACCUGACCGCCCCGUCCGCGCCCAGCCAGCGCUCGGCCGCAAACGCCUGCCCCUUUGCGGCCCCUUAUCCUGUUCUCUUCUUGUACCCCGGCUUCCAGCUUCGCGCCAGCUUCUAUGGGGGCUACGCCGAGCGGCUGGCUAGCUGGGGGUUGGCUGUCGUGCGGUACGACACCAGGUUGCUGGACUUUGUGCCCGCGGGCGUGCAGACGGGCUAUGUCACCCACCUCCUUGAGGCCCUGGCGGCCAUCAACUCUGACCCGAGCAGCCAAUGGCACCAGCGCCUCGACUUGUCGCGCCUCGGCGCAGCGGGACACAGCCGCGGCGGCAAGCUGGCCGCCCUGCACCUCGCGUCGCGGACGCCGCCCCUGUUCACCACCGCGUACCUGAUUGAUCCCGUCGACAGCCACGGCGGCGAGGACGACCCGUCCGCCGUUGAAGCGCUGCGCGGCCGCGGGCAGCGCUUUGGCAUCGCGGCCGCUGGCGUCGUGGGCCCCUGCAACCCCAAGGACCGCACCCGCGGCUUCUGGCAGGUAGCGGGCCCCGGCUCCUGGCGCGAGACGGUGCUGCGCGGCGGCCACGCCCAGUUCUGCAACAUAUCCAACUGGCUGGUGGAGCACGCCUUGGACGCGCUGUGCGGCCGUGGGAACGACACUCACCAGGCAGAGGAGCAGCUUGGGGAGAUCACGUUUGAUGUCAAGGAGUAA